AAAAUAAUAAAAAUUUUAUUUUUUUAAAAAUUAAUUAAUAAAAAAAAUAAAAUAAAAUAAAUUUUAAAAUAAUAAAAUAAAAUAUAUUAUUUAGUUUUCGACUAUUUUAUAAUAAUAACAUUAAUAAAAUACCUUUUUUUUUUUCAAUUUAAAAUUAUUAUAAAAAUAAAUACACUUUUUGUAAUAUUAAAAUAAAAUAAAUAUAGACACACACAAAUUAAGAAAAAAUGGAAGAAAUUUUAAGUCAAGAACAAAUCAAUGCUAUUAAAUCAACUAUACCAUUAUUAGAAGAACAUGGUGUAAAGAUUACAAGUACAUUUUAUAAAAAUUUAUUUGAAGCACAUCCAGAUUUAAUAAAUUUAUUCAAUCACUCCAAUCAAAGAAAUGGCAAACAACCAAUCGCUUUAGCCAAUACCAUUUACCAAUCAGCUCUUCACAUUGAAAGAAUGAAUGAAAUCAAUUUAACCCCAAUCGUACAUAAACACGUUGCAUUAGGCAUCAAACCAUCACAUUAUCCAAUUGUUGGCCAACAUUUGAUUGGUGCAUUAAAACAAAUUUUAGGUGAUGAAGCUACCCCAACCAUAGUCAGAGCUUGGACUGAUGUUUAUCGUGCCGUUGCUCAAGCCCUUAUUGAAGCCGAACAAGAACUCUACUACGAAACCCAAGAACAAUUUGGUGGCUGGAAAGAUCUCAGAGAAUUCGUUGUCGAUAAGAAAGUCGAAGAAACCCCAAUCAUCACAUCAUUCUACUUAAAACCAGCUGACGGAAAAGAUAUUGCAGUUCAUUUACCAGGUCAAUAUAUUACAAUUAAAAUCGAAUUAUCAGGUGAUGGUGUCGAUAUCAAAGAAAGUGCCAGAAGAACUUACAUUAGACAUUACUCUUUAUCAGAUAAUCCAAAUGGCGAAUAUUAUCGUAUCUCUAUCAAGAGAGAGGACGGUGUCAACGGUAAUCCAUCAGGUAUCGUUUCAAAUCAUCUCCAUAACAAAGUUAAUGAAGGUGAUAAAUUAUUAUUAGCAGUUCCAGCUGGUGACUUUGUUAUCGAUCCAGAGGAUGAAACCCCUGUACUUUUAGUUUGUGGUGGUGUCGGUGUCAAUCCAUUAAUUGUUAUGGCCAAAGAAACCUUAGUUCAACAACCAACCCGUCAAAUCGAUUUUAUUUAUUCCAUUCAAGAUAAAGAUAACUAUUUACAUAUGAAAGAGUUAGAAGAACUCCAAGCUGAAUAUCCUGAUAACUUUAAAUUAAUUACUGUAUAUACUAAAAACCAAGGCCACAUCACUUUAGAUUUAUUAAAAGAAUACACCGAAAACUUUGAUAACAAAGAUGACACUGAAGUUUUCCUUUGCGGUCCAAUCCCAUUCAUGGUUACUGUCAACAAUGGCUUACAAUCUUUAGGUUUCCCAAAAGAAAAUAUACAUUACGAAUUAUUUGGUCCAUUAACCCCAGUUUUUAAUAUUACUAAAAAUGGUUUAGAAAAAAAUGAAAACGAAACUGAAAAUUAAUAAAAAAUCUAAAAAUAAAUAAUAAAAUAAAAAAAAACAUU